GUGAUGCGCGUUGGAGGCGCGCUUUUCUGAACCCAGGAAGCGGGCGCUUUAAGAAGACGCGCUGCUGUCGCGGACGGGAGGCAGGCCGGUGUUUUUCCACAACUGAUGUCUAAUGGUCACCCAUGUUGAGAGACAAAGGUCAGGAAAAAAAGCUCAUAAACUAAAUUUACCGCUGCCGCUGUUAUUCAGCACCGAGCCGCCGCACAAUACAGAAGGGACAAGAGCGUUUCAAAGGAAUUAAAGGAAAUAAACAAUAAAGCAUGGCCCAGAAGGAGAAACUUCAGUGUCUAAAGGACUUCCACAAGGACAUUCUGAAACCCUCCCCAGGAAAGAGCCCGGGCACAAGGCCGGAGGAUGAAUCCGAGGGAAAACAUCCCCAAAGGGAAAAGUGGGCUAGCAAGCUUGACUUUCUUCUGUCAGUCGCCGGGGGCUUUGUUGGUUUAGGCAACGUUUGGCGGUUCCCGUACCUCUGCUACAAGAAUGGUGGAGGUGCUUUUCUCAUCCCAUACUUCAUUUUCCUGUUUGGUGGAGGACUGCCUGUAUUCUUCCUGGAGGUGGCGCUCGGUCAGUUCACCUCUGAGGGAGGAAUCACCUGCUGGGAGAAACUUUGCCCCAUUUUUACAGGUAUAGGCUAUGCGUCCAUAGUGAUUGUUUCUCUGCUGAACAUCUACUACAUUGUGAUUCUGGCCUGGGGCUUGUACUACCUGUUCCAGUGCUUUCAGCCAGAGCUUCCCUGGGCAAGCUGCAACAACAAAUGGAACACAGAAAAUUGUGUGGAGGAUACCUUCCGCAAGAACAAGACACUCUGGGUGGCUGCGAACGCCACUAACUUCACUUCCCCCGUCACUGAGUUCUGGGAGCGAAAUGUCCUCAGCAUCUCAGACGGUAUCGAGCAGGUGGGUCAUAUUAAAUGGGACCUGGCUCUGUGUCUGCUCGCUGUGUGGGUCAUCUGUUUCUUCUGCAUCUGGAAAGGUGUUAAGUCCACUGGGAAGGUUGUGUACGUCACAGCAACAUUCCCAUUUGUCAUGUUAAUUGUCCUGCUUGUACGGGGUGUCACUCUUCCUGGGGCAGCCGAGGGCAUCAAAUUUUAUCUGUACCCAAAUGUGACUCGCCUUGGAGACCCAGAGGUGUGGAUCGAUGCAGGGACACAGAUUUUCUUCUCUUAUGCCAUCUGUCUUGGAGCCAUGACGUCACUGGGAAGCUACAACAAGUACAAAUACAACUGCUACAGGGACUGUUUGCUGCUGGGAGGCCUGAACAGCGCUACAAGUUUUGUGUCUGGCUUCGCAAUAUUUUCCGUCCUGGGCUUCAUGGCACAAGAGCAAGGGGUGGACAUAGCCGAUGUGGCAGAGUCAGGUCCUGGCUUGGCCUUCAUUGCUUACCCUAAAGCUGUGAGUAUGAUGCCACUUCCAACGUUUUGGGCAAUUCUUUUCUUCAUCAUGCUUCUGCUGUUGGGCCUCGACAGUCAGUUUGUCGAAGUGGAAGGGCAGAUCACAUCCCUAGUGGAUCUGUAUCCAUCCUUCCUAAGGAAGGGUUAUCGGCGUGAAAUCUUCAUAGCUAUAGUCUGUUUUGUGAGCUACCUGUUGGGACUUACCAUGGUCACCGAGGGUGGCAUGUAUGUGUUUCAACUCUUUGACUACUAUGCAGCCAGUGGCGUGUGCCUUUUAUGGGUUGCAUUCUUUGAAUGUAUUGCUGUAGCCUGGGUUUAUGGCGCUGAUAAUUUCUAUGAUGCGAUUGAAGAGAUGAUUGGUUACAGACCAAAUCCCUGGAUGAAGUGGAGUUGGACUAUAGUCACACCUUUUCUGUGUGUGGGAUGCUUUGUCUUCUCAUUGGUCAAGUACACACCCUUGAGAUACAACAAAGUCUACGAGUACCCGGAUUGGUCCAUUGGAGUCGGCUGGACCCUCGCCCUCACGUCCAUGAUCUGCAUACCAAUGGUGGUUGUGAUCAAAAUCAUUCAAUCAGAUGGACCCCUCAUAGAGAGGAUCAAAGCGGUGGCGGCACCCGUGAGGGGAGGAGCCAGUUCUUGCCCUCAGGAGUACCAGCCCAAAUGCAACGAGCUGGCGCAGCCGCUGGACCCCAACUGGAACGGAGGCUCGAUGAAGCCCACCCACACCAUCGUAGAAACUAUGAUGUGAACGCUCUCUGUGAGAGGAUUCAAUGACCUGCUUUUCCAUUAUAUAUAUGUGAUUCUAUAUAAUACAUGUAUUAACAAUAUACUCUGUAACUUUUGACAUAGUCGUAGGACCAGGUUUACAUUGCUACGCAUCUGCACUAGGAGUCCUUGUUUUGUUUUGUUUUUCUACAGAGAAAGUUACAUUUUUCUGUCUGUAUUUUUAAUAUUUUUAUCAUACUACUAUUAUAUUACUAUUAUUGUCGCUGUUAUUAGAAUGAGAACAGAUCGUAAAUGGCAGUAUCCUGAACGUAGAACCAUGACCGUUCUAUUUUUGUAACUUUUAUCUUGUACAUAUCAAAAUAAAAAAUGUUGUUUAUUUUUUAGCGAAUCGAGAAUCAAGGGAAAAAACACAAAGGGCUCCGUAAACGUGAAUCACGAAAAGUAACGUUGGUGUACAAAGAUUAAAAAAAACAAAACACCCUCAUCCUCGCCAACAUGAAAGGCUCAUCUUUUUAGGGAUAGAAGUCAUUAUGCAUUAUUGUAGAGCUUUAAGGGUGUCCCGACAAACUGUUUAGACUGGAGAUUGUGCUGUCCGGAAGAAUCGAGCCGUUAGCACUGCUUGUUUUCAAUGCACUAUACCACUAAGGACACUACAUUCUCCAUAUUGUUGCACCAUUUAAAUGGAUAGUUUACAAAAAAAAGUCAUAAUUUACUCACCCUCAAUUCGUUCCAAACCUGUAUGACUUUCUUUUUUUCUGUGGAACAUAGAAUGAUUUAACAGUUUUUGUCCAUUCAAUGGGGUGCAAAACAUUGACUUUCAGGGGCCGUUUACAACACACUGUUUUCAACUAAAAAUAAAAAAAAUGUAUGCGUUUUGGCAUUCAUUGACACGACAAUUGCAUUUUGGGGGCUGGAAAAUGCAAACUUUUAAAAACGGGUUUCAAAGCUCAAGUUUUUGAUAACAAUAGCAUUAUCAUCUCGGUGUAAACUAUAAAAACACGAAUUUGUGAAAACAGUGACGUUAUGCGUAUGCAUAUUACGUCUUCAGUCUGUAAGCGCAUAGUGUUUCUUUACAAAGUGACAUCGCCAACUACUGGCCUGGCAUGCAUAAUAACAGCAUUUUUACUAGUUUUUGCAGAUCCGUGUGAAUGGGGAUUGUUUAGACAAUGCUGUCGUUCGUUCAUGAAAAACGCAAAAGAAAAACUCUUCAGUUUUUAAUAAAUUGUUUUUGUGUAAACGUACCCUCAUUGUAUAAAAAAAAAAAAUGAAAAAAAAACAUGUUCCUCAGCAGAAAGAAACAUCGUGAGAGUGAGUAAAAAAAACUUUUAGUUUUGCGUGAACUCUCCCUUUAAGUCUAACUGUUUUGUAAACUUUCCAAUGUCGUGAGUUGGAAAUGGUGCGUCACUUCGGAAUUAUGCAUCACACUAAUUCUUAUCAGUCUCUUCCCUCUUCUAAAAAUGCAUUCACAGUGUAGCUUUUGUAGCAAAUACAGCAGGCAUGUCCAUUCUAUUUGCGAAACCCCACCCCACAAAUUUAGAGUUUGAGCUUAGUAAAUCUGGGCUUGAAAGUAUAUUCACUGUGCUAUUUCUUAAGUCGCCCACAUUGAUUCAUAGUCACCAAACACAUUCUUAUUUUGGGAUGUCGGAAUGUGAAGCUGCCUGGCAAUAUUUAAAAACCACAUAGAUUCAGGGUAGUUUCAUACAUUUUGUCUCAAAUCUGUUUUUUUUUUUCCAAUCACAUUUGCCUUUUGUAUUCAGAAACAUCACUGUAUUUGACUAUUCUGUUCAGCAGUUACCAAUAGAUCUCAUCCACAACUUUUAAUCGACAAAAAAAAAAAAAAAGAAGCUUGCUGCGAAAUGUAAUGUGCAAUACUUUGUAGAACGAUAUGCAUUGUUCCUGUCUUCACCUGUCUUUCAGAAAGUUGGUGCAUGGAAGUGUGGAAUUAUGUAUGAUUUUUAAGCUGUUGUAAUAUGUCAGAAACAAUGAACAGGGGCCAAUUUAAGCUGCCGUACAUGGUAUGCCGAAUUAACACCAAAAACUCAAUGCAGAUCUACUUACUGUGACAAUUUAUACUUUUUUAUUUAGAACGUAAAGCUUAAUUCUAAGGAUCAUGCCAAUGUUAUGGAUUAAAUUUAUUGGAUUUAAUAUGAUUUUUUUUUGACUUGGCCAAGUUAAAACUGUAGCCAAUCGCAAAGGGAGAUGCUCAGUUGAUCUCAACAGCUUCUACCUUGCUACCUUUGGGAUGCUUCAUUACAGAAAUGUAAAUGUUGAGAGAGGCACAAAUUUUUUUUUAAUACAGAGAUUAAUGUGCAUUCUCAGGGUGUGUUUUAAUAACAGAGACUGGUUUCCCGCUGUUGCGCGUUUUUGAAACCCUUCCAUUUUUAAAGAACAGCUAAAGGGGGCAGUUUAUGCAAGAGAGAACCUUUUUAAAGUAAUGAUCAGAAAUGUUUUAUUUUGAGGAUAUCUGUAAGUAAAAAAAGCAAGUGUAUAGAUAAAGAUUUUACUGUAUACUACCCCCCCCCCCCAAAAAAAAAAGAGAAAAA